CACGUGUAUUCUACGUAACGUUAUUGGUGGAGCGGGAGGCGAAAAGGACACUGUCAAAAAAAGACGUUUUAUUUCUGCUUGCUUCCGACAACAUAACCCAAGCUAAACCCCUUCGGUAGGACACCCACUGACAGUCUCCACGGGCUAUUCAUUUCCAUCAGUUGUUCUGUGACCUGCGUUGUUUCACAUACAGUAGUAGCAGAUGAAUGUAGCAAUGCUGGAAAAACAUGUUUCACAAAGAAGAUAAUGAAGGGAAAAUGAGCUCUCACCGCACCGAAUUGUAUGCCAGCAUCCCUCGGACAUGUCUGCCUAUUGUGUACCACCCAGACUACAACAUCACCUUCAUGGGCCUUGAAAAGCUCCAUCCAUUUGAUGCAGGGAAAUGGGGGAAAGUCAUUCACUUCUUGAAAGAGGAGGAGUUCAUCACUGAUGGGAACAUUGUGGAAGCCCUUGAAGCCACUGAGGAGGAUCUGCUGGUGGUUCACACCAAACGCUACCUCAACAGAUUAAAGUGGUCUCUGGUGGUGGCAAAAAUCACAGAAAUCCCACCUGUCCUGUUUCUGCCUAAUUUUCUGGUGCAGCGGAAGGUGUUGAGGCCCUUACGGACACAGACAGGAGGGACAAUAAUGGCAGGAAAACUAGCUGUUGAUCGAGGAUGGGCCAUAAAUGUAGGAGGAGGCUUUCACCACUGCUCCAGUGACAGGGGAGGGGGCUUUUGUGCCUAUGCUGACAUUAGUCUGGCCAUCAAGUUUCUGUUUGAGAGAGUGGAAGGGAUCUCCAGGGCUACCAUUAUUGAUCUGGAUGCUCAUCAGGGAAAUGGACAUGAGCGUGACUUCUUGGAUGACAAGCGAGUGUACAUCAUGGAUAUGUAUAACCGCUACAUCUAUCCUGGGGACGGAUAUGCCAAAAGAGCCAUAAAGAGGAAGGUGGAGCUGGACUGGGGCACUGAAGACUCUGAAUACCUUCAGAAAGUAGAGCUCCACUCUGAGGGGUCUCUGAAUGAAGUGCAACCUGACAUCAUUGUCUAUAACGCAGGAACAGACAUCUUGGAUGGAGACCCCCUCGGAGGACUCUCCAUAUCACCACAGGGCAUUGUAAAGAGAGAUGAGGUUGUCUUCAGGGCUGCGAGGCGGCGCGGCAUCCCCAUACUUAUGGUGACAUCUGGGGGAUACCAGAAGACAACAGCCCGCAUCAUUGCUGACUCCAUCCUCAAUUUACACCAGCAGGGUUUGAUUGGAGCCGAGGCUCUGGAAGGGGAGGGCUCAUCAUCACUGGUGACCAACAUGAUGUGCAGCUCUGGAUCUGCAGGAUCAACAUCCACCACUGUGUGAGGGGCACUAAUCCACACUCUCCAGCGGUGACAUUUAAAUUGCACUAUAGAAACUUUAUAUUGUGCAGUUACUGUGUGACAGCAGAGAUGAUAGGUUAUUGCUGUCAUGAAAUGUCAGAAAUGUGUUUAUUGGAAAUGUAUGAUGGAGGUGUUAGGCAAUACUGGUUUGCACACAUACCACAAAACAAAUUGACAAGAUUUGGUGAUUUUUUUUUUUGCCUUCUGUUUUUAAUGUAUAAGUUAGCAGUUGCUCAAAGGGAAUAAUAAUUCAGAGAGGGAAAUUAUGCAGAAACAAAUGACUACAGCAGGUUUCAUAAGAGCUCACAAAAGAGUUUAAAUUUUUAUCAGCUGGGGAAAGAUGGGUUUUAUUCUUAAUAUAUGUUCAGGGAAAUGUUUUAGAGAGAUAUUCUUUCACCUCAGGAAAUGUAAUAAAUGUGAAUUUGUGAAGGAUGGGAAUAUAUUAAUAGUGAAUGAAAUGGUACAGAGGUUGGAUGUUCUAAAAUAAUAUUAAUUAUCCUCCAUCAUAGUUUCUAAUUAUGGGGUGAAAAAUAAAGAUAAUUGCAAAUGAAAAGUGUAACUAUCAAACAUAGUCUAAUGGGGAUAUUUAGACUUUUUAGAAAAGAUAAUUCCUUGUUUAUUCCCCUUUAGCAUUUUAUAAUGGUGUUUUUCUCUAGGUAGUAGUAAUCAUUAUAGAGUUAAUGGGGUUUCAUUAAUCAAGUUCAACCAUUGUCUUUUUUUCUUUUUUGCUUAAUUCAUACAGUGUGUUUACAUCCACUCUGAUAUCGAUAGUUAGUGUUUACAGGAGAGCCUACAUGAUUUUUUUCUAUACUAAAGUGUUUGUCUCUUAAGUUUGAACAAAUCUGAAAUACUAAUGUAACUGUGAGCACUUUAACACAGUGUAUGAUAAAAGAAAGUUCGGCAACAUUCCUCCUAAUAAAUGUUCUUUUUGCGGUGUUACUGUCAUCUAGAGAUCAAAGUCCUAAAACUGAUCAGUGGUCAGUGAUUAAUGAGCAGGCCUGUACAGCCGAGCUUUUAUGGGUAUUAGUCCUCAUUGGUUCACUGUAGUCAGACAUUCAGCACUCCCCUAAUGAUGUUUACACUUAAAGCAUUUGUGUAAAAGUUGACAAAAGAAAUCAUUAAAUAUAUUGGCAUCAAUAUGAUUAAUGCAGCUGCUGGAACAAUAUCACCACUUCCAGAAGACCCUAAAGGCUUUCCCUCAAACACAGACUAGAUAGUGAGUUCCGUGCUUGAGAAUGUGUGUGUACAGCAUUACCUAAACCUUUUGAAUUUCACCUAGAACAUUUUGCUCUGCUGAGUAAUGGUUUAAGUGAACUAACGCCUUAUUACACCUGUUUCAUAUUUAUACAGUAUAUGAAUACAGCUGGAACAUUGGUGGAUUCAUAUGGAAACGUUUGCAGUUAGAUUUUUUGAAAUACAUGUUUUUUAAGUUUGGUUAGUUUAUUCUUGCAGUCCAUGUAAGAGAAACAGGAAAUAGUGAAAGAGAGGAGAGAAAGUGGGGUAUAGCCAGGAGAUGAGUAGGGGUGUGGACGCUUCAGUUAUGUGGUAUGUACUGUACCUUAACCGUUCAGUCACUAAGUCACCUUCUUUGAAAGGUGUAAUUUAAGGAUUAUUUAAAUUUAUUACAACUCAAGGUUUUGGACACUAUUUCUUUUAAAGACAGCAACACUGUGUUUUCUAAGUAAAUUGUUAUGAUCUGAGAAUUCAGUGAUAUCACCAAAAAAGUCCUAUGGGGCAAGAAAUCCAAGCAGUGAGGUGUUCCAAUUUUUAAACACACUUAGCCUGGUUCCAGACCUCUGUGUCACUGCCCCAUUACUGAUUUGCUUAGGCUGUGCUCAUUAACAACUGUUUCCUUUUGGAGAAACCGUUGACUAAUCAAAGUUUGUAGGUGAGAUUAAAUAUUGUACAUCAGUGUACUACAUAGCUAGCUGUAUAGGUACAUUCGUACAUUAAAAUAGCAACUGAAAAAAACUGCCACAUAAUAGUAGACAUUCAUAACCCAGAAUCAUUGCAAUGGCUGUGAAAACCAUUAUACUAACUGCUAGAAACCAGUACCGCAGCCUUGGUGUCACCUGAAAAUAAUGUUCGUACUAUAGGACAGAUACUGGUGGCUAACUACUGAUUGGUUAGGGCAAAACAAAACAAAUGAAUCCCCCUCAUAAACAGAAACUGAAGAAUGUGUCUGUCUGAAAGAAUGAAGUGAAACAAAGUGGCAGUUCAUUCUGAUUCUCAGCCUGAAACAAACCUCCAGGUUGACCAAACCAGGAAUAGAAAACAAGUGCAAACAGUAAAAGUCUUACCACACUGCCUGUUAAAAACAUCCAUCAAGGUUUACGGUCCAACUUUUUAUUGACAGUUCAGCUGCUUUCACUUUUGGUAGACCCCUCCAUAUAAAGUGGUUUAGAUUAUCAGGAUAUACUUGGCUUACUUGCGACCUGUCUCAGUGCAUUAGAUGUGAUUUUCUGUUUAGCAGCAGAGUAGACCUAAAGUGGCAGUUGGCAGGUGCUGCUGUAAUGACUUUCUAAUGCAUUUUCACAUUCAUUAUCUUCCCCUGCACUACUCUUAAAAAAGUUGCAAAAGUUAGGAGUGGACUGCAGACUCAUAAGCAUUUGAAAAGCAGUGUUCGGGUGCUUCUCCAGAAAGCUGUUUGGACAACUGUGGUACAGAGGUCAUAUUAGAGGUGUCACUCCUAACGAGCUAAAGCCUUUGAUCUGGUGUGUUGCUUUUGAAUACAGCUGAAAAAAAAUAGUGUAGUCUACUUUUAAUUAGGACUGCAAUCCCACAUUCCAGCUCAUCAGCUCAUUUCUGUGUCAGCAAACAUUUUAGCCAUUUAGCCACUGAUUGCAUGUUGCGUGCCAAAAAAAGAAAAAAAAAAGGUUUCCAAACUGUACUGUUAUUUUUGGGUAUGUUUGUGAGUCAUGUUUGAAACUGAAAAUAACUUCUAUGCAUUCAUAAUGACACUGAAUAAAUCAUGU